AUGUCAUCACACCAGGCGCUCCAGGGGCACCUGUGGUGUGGCUUCUUUACCGGAGUUACCACACCACGGCGGAAGAGGAGGAAGGUUACUCCGGUUACCCCGCGGUUGCCCAUACGUCUGCCAACCGCUGUGCAGACACCAUUGCAACCCCCGCGAUUCGAGUUCCCACCUUCUGUCCAUCGCCACUUGCCCCAAGCAAUUGCAGACAUGAUUAGGGAGAGUUCCGGCGAGAGUUCCGGCGAUGAAGACGGGCAGCAGCACCAGCAGCGAGGGCUUUCACCCGUGGACAGGGGUCUGCAGCGUCCGUUGAGCCUCCCCGCUCCCAAUCCUUUCCUUUUUCCCAGCACACCGGGCGGAUCCCUGGUGUAUGAACCACCACCACCACCGCCACCACCACCAGUUCAACGACCCCGCCCGCAGACACAUGCCAGCACCAAGGUUUCGCUUCACCGAAUUCAUAAUCAAAAUCAAAAUCAAGUUCAGAGGGAGCGCCUGACAACAUUCAUCGGCAAUGUUCACGUCCUUGCGCGCCACACCACCUUCUUUCUCAAGUACUACCUUGCUGAUCAUCCUCUACACGAUUUCCCGGACAUCACCGACAAGCACAUCAGUGUGAUAUUUGAGCUGCUAAAUAACCCAGGCUACAAUGGCAAUCCAGUCAUCGCGCAAGAGUUACGUCCACGGGUUCAAGACUACUGUGAUGUUCACGGAUUCGCCCCCAUCCGCAUGCGGAAUUGCCAACAGACCGCAGCGUACACGGCUACGUGCAUCCUCACAAACCUCAAAGUCAACGUACAAGAGCAUUUCAUGCAAAUGUUUCUGCGCUAUGUCAAAGAAAGGAUUGGUUUGGAGCAAGUCAUACUGCAUCUCCGGAGAGCGCAGCGGCGACACUAUUAUCGGCGUGUGCGUCAAUUUACAAAGUAUGCGACGUUUGAAGAGUUUACAACCAAAGAGGAGUUUGCGCGCCUCACACGACUUGAGUGGACCGUCCUCAAUGAGUUAUGGGCUCUGUUUCCUCCCCAGGAUGAGCCGCUUGCGUACAGCCUUGCGGUGGACGCAAUGCCAUAUUUAGGUGCCUAUUGUGAGCUCUCACGCCUCUAUGAGUGCCGUGGAAUGCGGCUGUUUUCGGCCAUCCCGCCGCGCAAAUCUCGAAUCCAGUCAUCUGUUCGGAUCGACAUAAAGAUCCUAGCCACUCAUAUCCUGGGCUUGACCCACCGUCGCAUGAGGAAAUUCACCGAUGAACGCAAGCGGGAGCUGUGGGGGCAGUUUCUCAAUGUGAAUGACAAGAUCUUCAAGCAUCGAAAGAAGCUUGGUCUCAAGUUCGAUGGGUCAAUCAGCACAAACGGGUAUUCCGUUACCAUCCACUUCAAGAAGCCAGGGCUCAAGUAUGGCCAUCAGGCGCGGAAGCGCAGCCAGGCCCAAAUGCGGGAAGAAGUCAACCAGCUGUAUUUUGAGCACCACAUUGCCGAACUAAGGGACGCUUCAAACAUCAUCAGCAUUGAUCCGGGCAAGCGUGACCUCUUAUACACAUCCAAUCAACGGGCGGUCGAGACAAAGUCUCGGUACUUUCAAAGAGACAUGACAGAGCAAAAGAUCAAUGCGGGCAUCGCUGAGAUGGAAUCACAUAUUCCGUCGCACAAGAGCAUGAACAUCGAGGCGUUCUCAGCGUUCAUUGUGGAUUACGAACAUGCAGAUCCCGCCCUGGAUGAGUUUUACCAGGAUGAGAUUCACGUGGCUCGCAGAUUCAAGGCGUUCUCACUGCGGCAAAAGUCUGAGAGCAAGCUCAUCAAGAACAUGCGACGCCUGUAUGGAAAGCAUUUUGUGGUCAUCUUGGGUGGUUGGAGCGACGCUGGAAAGACCAUGCGCUUCCAGGAGUCGUCAAAGACCAAAGGGGGAGUGACUAUCAUUGACUCCGCACACUCUUCGCAAGAAACAACAUUCCAUGUUACUUGCUAG